AAAGAUAGGAUCCAUGGGAAAGUGGAGGCAGUCUUAAGCACAGUGCCUGGCACAGAGUUAACAUUCAUCAGAGGACCCUAAUUCCAAUCAACUUGUUUGGGCCUUGGGCAGUCCUGUCCCUUCCCUUCCCUUCCCUUCCCUUCCCUGGGCCUCAGUUAUCCAUCUGUAAAGGGAAGAAUAACAGAGUUGUAUUAUAUGAACUCCAUAGUCUCUUCCAAUUCUAAAGCCUUUAAACCCUACACACACACACACACACACACACACAUACACACACACCUCUCUUACCUGCCUGUACCCCCAUUCCAUCAAGGAUCUGAUGGUCUGCAUACCUCCAGGACUCCUGUCACUGAAGGUCCUCCGAGACCAGGGGCCUCUAAUUAUCCCUGUAGCUGCAAAAAGCACCCACCGAGUGGCUAUUCCGGGUCUACCCGUUGUCUAGCCUGAUUGCUAGCACUCCAUGGAUCUGAAUUCGCACUGGAGAGGCGUCCCGGGUGGGUCCUGUUGCCUUAGAGACAGAAGAGGCAAAGCUUUCUCCGAAGCUAAGAGGAUUGUAGCCUGGAUAUACCUUGCGACAGAGAUCCCCGGGCUAAGGGCUAGCAGCUCCGGGAAUGUCUCUAGUAGUGGAAGGUAGUGAGGUGCCCGGCUCCUUGCCAGCUGUCAGCUCUCGGGAUGUCGGGGACAGUGGGGGGUAGGGAAGGAAUGUUAAGGCGUGCCAUGCUUGGGACCGGGUCGGCUUUGUCUCGGACGGACCGACAUCUCAUUCCCCAGUCCUGUAAGGGAGGAGUGAGGGGGAAGGGGGAAGGAGAGGGGCAAAGAGAAAUGCGUCCUUGUAAAUGAGGGAGCUACCAGCAUGAACUUGGAAGGACUGGAGAUGAUUGUGGUGUUGUUCAUCAUCGUGGCCUUCGUGAAAGCUCUGGAGCAGUUGGGGCUCCUGGAAGUCGGCAAUGGAGAUAAAAUUGAGGAUGAGCUGGAGAUGACCAUGGUGUGUCAUCGGCCUGAGGGACUGGAGCAGCUUGAGGCACAGACCAACUUCUCCAAGAGGGAGCUGCAGGUCCUGUACAGAGGCUUUAAAAAUGAGUGCCCCAGUGGAGUGGUUAAUGAAGAAACAUUCAAACAGAUAUACUCCCAGUUUUUCCCCCAUGGAGAUGCUAGCAUGUAUGCUCAUUAUCUCUUCAAUGCCUUUGAUACCACUCAAACGGGUUCUGUGAAAUUUGAGGAUUUUGUAACUGCUCUGUCGAUUUUGCUGAGAGGAACCGUCCAUGAGAAACUGAGGUGGACAUUCAAUUUGUAUGACAUCAAUAAGGAUGGCUAUAUAAAUAAGGAGGAGAUGAUAGAUAUUGUCAAGGCCAUUUAUGACAUGAUGGGAAAAUACACUUACCCAGUGCUCAAAGACGACACUCCAAGACAACAUGUAGAUGUGUUUUUCCAGAAAAUGGACAAGAACAAAGAUGGUGUCGUGACUUUAGAUGAAUUUCUUGAAUCCUGUCAGGAGGAUGACAACAUCAUGAGGUCCCUUCAGCUCUUUGAAAAUGUUAUGUAAAUCAGUAAGCAAAUCAUCUGGACGUCAGAGACUUUGUUCCAAGAAAAGAAAAAAAAAACCCUCAAGAAACCGAGCAGUCCCCAGUUCAGAUUCUACACACCAACUAAGCAGAGAAGCUUUUAAAGAAGAACUUUGGGAGCAUUUUCCACUGGAUAAUUCCAAUAGAUGCCCACCACCUGCCUCGGUCUCAGAAUGCUAAGAACCCUGCCUCUUCUUUCUUCUUUAUCUCAAGAGAUAGUGACAGGAUUUUAUUUCAUUUCAAAAGCAUGUGAAUCUCUUCAGGCCGCUGCCACCAUGGACAGAUCCCUCCGCCCAAAGCUUUAUUGCUAGUGCACAAUAAUCUGUGUGUGCUCCCACAUCCCCCAACUCAGACUCACACAUUCAAUGAUGCCAGAAGCACUGAGUGGUGAGGUUGCUCUGCUAUUUGCCUGCUGUGAGUGGAAACUACUCAGCUCAUCCUUCAAUGCCCUCCUGUACCAACAUGCCCUUUCAUUUAAACUAAAAAACAAAAACUUGUGCAGUAAGGCCAAACCAGGGCUAUCUUCAGAAAACCAGCAUCAUGUUGAUUCCCUUUCCAGGACUUUGGGGGUGGGUCUGGUGGAUUAAGAAUGACAAAUUCUCAUGACCCAAAUUCCCUUGAUGUUUCCAGACACAAGGGCUAUUUACACUGUUCUCUGCCUAACAUCCGCAAUGGUAAGUCAGUCCUCCACCUUUCCUGGGAGGGAAGAUGAGGGGACAGACUGGACUAUGGUAUGACCUAUGGCACACACUAGUAGUGCUCUCUGUAGCUGCAUUUCCUCCUACCCCAGAGCCCAGCACUGCAUGCCCCACCUAGCUGCCCUUGCCCAAGGUCAUCCUUGUAAUUUUAUACCAUGUUCUAAUCAAUAAACAUGACUGUUUCCUAUGCUAUUAA